GUCAGAUAAGUCAAAUGUGCUGGAAUUAGAAAUUUCGAUUUUAUGAUUCAAAAAUAAAUGUUUGAAAGAUUUCAACCAAUGAAAAUAUAUUAUUUGAGUGAUAACUGAAUACAAAUAGAUUAUAAAUCACACAAAAUUAUUUAAAUGUUAAGAGAAAAAUCACGAAAAAAACAAUACAACAUAUCUUUUGGUGUUAUGGAUUAAAUACUUUUUCGUAAGGGGAAGCACGCUUCGUAUGGACACAACCUAAUAUUAUUGAAUCAUGAUUUCUAUCCAUCGUCCACAGAAGAUAUGAAAAUGUUUUGUAUAAAUGCGUGUGAUGGGUUUCGUCGCCUUUCCGAUAGUGCGAACGGCAAUGUUUCCUUGCCACCAGGAAGAGUACCAUUUAUGCUUUCGCUUUCUUUUUUUUUGAAUUUCUUUUUAAAGUACAAUUUGAAGUUGAAGUAUUGAGACGUGAGUAAUCAAUCUUUAAUAAAGGAGUGGCUAAAAGUUAACUACUUGUUCAACUUUGUCAUAGUAUUCGAAAAAGCAAGUGAUCUAUAUUUGUAAGUAAUUACAUUAAUACCUAUAUUAAAAAUGGCAUCGCCUGCACUUAAAGACCUCCCAAAAGUAGCUGAGAACUUGAAAAGUCAACUUGAAGGCUUUAAUACUGAUAAACUAAAGAAUGCUAGUACACACGAAAAAAUCGUGCUUCCUACUGCCGAAGAUGUGGCCGCCGAGAAAACUCAACAAUCUUUAAUCUCUGGAAUUGCAACUUUUGAUCCAUCAAAUUUAAAGCCUACCGAAACUAAUGAAAAGAACCCCCUACCUGAUAAGGAAGCAUCGAACAAGAAAAAGAAAAGAUAAACUCAUUGCUGGCAUUGAAAAUUUGAUUCUAAAAGUUGAAACACACUGAAACGUGCGAGAAAAUCUUUGCAACAAAGAAGUCAUUGAAGAAGAAAAGAAGGCUUAAAAGAAAAUCCGAUAGAGCAUUCACGUAACUUCAUGUUGAAUGCUUAUUUUAUUACUCAUUCCUAAUAUAUAAUAUUAUUAAA